ACUUCCGCCGUUGAUGUUAAAGCAGUGCUAUCAUGGCGGAGCGCGUUCAGCAGCCCCCAGCCAAACGGCUCUGCUGUAGACCGGGUUAUAAUACGAAUUGUAGACAGGGACAACGGGUCGGGGGUACGUUAUGUGGCGGUUCGGGUACGGCCCAAGGUGGGUCGAGCAAAACCCUGAGUCCGGAGUCUCUGUUGGAUAUCUCGGCCCGGAAAGUGGCAGAGAAGUGGCCGUUUCAACGGGUAGAGGAGCGCUUUGAACGGAUCCCGGAGCCUGUACAGAGAAGGAUCGUUUACUGGUCGUUCCCCAGGAGUGAACGGGAGAUCUGCAUGUAUUCUUCGUUCAAUACGGGGGGGGAGGAGAGUGGAACUAGCGGGGAAAAUAGUGAUGAGACGCGGCUGCCUUUCAGACGAGGUAUCGCUCUGUUGGAGAGCGGCUGUGUGGACAACGUAUUGCAAGUCGGGUUCCACCUCAGCGGAACGGUAACAGAACCGGCCACAGCGUCGGAACCCGAGCUCGUCUGCAGUGUGAGCGUCAGCUUCGACCGCUGCAAGAUCACCGCGGUAACGUGCGGCUGCGGCAACAAGGACAUCUUCUACUGUGCCCACGUUGUAGCGCUGGCCCUGUACCGUGUACGGAAGCCCGAGCAGGUCAAACUACACCUGCCCAUCUCAGAGACUCUGUUCCAGAUGAAUAGAGACCAGCUGCAGAAGUUUGUCCAGUACCUGAUAACAGUACACCACACCGAGGUGUUGCCCACUGCUCAGAAACUAGCUGAUGAGAUUCUGUCUACCAACUCUGAGAUCAACCAGGUCCACGGGGCCCCGGACCCUACGGCAGGGGCCAGUGUAGAUGAUGAGAACUGUUGGCACCUGGAUGAGGAGCAGGUUCAGGAGCAGGUGAAACUCUUCCUCUCACAGGGAGGAUACCACGGCUCUGGGAAACAACUCAACCUGCUCUUCAGCAAGGUGAGAGAGAUGUUGAAGAUGCGUGACUCCAACGGUGCCAGGAUGUUAACGCUGAUCACAGAACAGUUUAUGGGCGACCCUCGCCUGGCUCUGUGGAGGCAACAGGGAACCACCAUGACUGACAAAUACAGACAGCUGUGGGAUGAGCUAGGUGCCCUGUGGAUGUGUAUUGUGCUCAACCCCCACUGUAAGUCGGAGCAGAAGUGUGUGUGGCUGAGACAGCUGAGACGGUGGAACGGUGUUGACGUGUGUCCCUGGGAGGACGGAAACCACGGCAACGAACUGCCCAACCUCACACACGCACUGCCGCACGGCAACCCAGACUCGUCGUCUCGUCCUCACAGGACAGUGUUUACGAGGGCCAUCGAGGCCUGCGACCUGCACUGGCAGGACACGCACCUGCAGCGCAUCAUCACACAUGACCUCUACACGCACUCACACGCACACUGUCACCACGACAACCAUGGCAGUGCAGGGGCACUGUUCGACGCCCGUGGCUGGCCCCUCUGGCACGAGCACAUCCCUACAGCGUGUGCGAGGGUGGAUGCGCUGCGGUCACAUGGUUAUCCCAGGGAAGCCUUGCUGUUGGCCAUCGCUAUCGUCAACACUCUCAUACGGCAGCAACAGAAACAUCUUGAGCUCUUCCGCAGCCACAAAAAAGAGCUGCUCCAUAAAGGCAUGACAUCUGUCACCAACAUGGAGGGCUGGGUGGGACACCCCCUGGACCCUAUAGGCACUCUGUUCAGCACCCUACUGGACACGGGACGGGGAGACGAGGAGGGGCGCAACGCCUUCCUCGACUUCUCAGGCUCUGUGAGUUCAGCCAAAAGGUCGGAGCCCCACCUCUUCCCAGCACAACGCUUACUGGACGAUGGCCAAUCGUUCGUAGCACUGGCCGUAGAGACGGCUCUGAUCGGCUUAGGGCAACAGAGGGUGAUGCCCGACGGCCUAUAUGCCCAGGAGAAGGUGUGUCGCAACGAAGAGCAGCUAUUGGCCAAGCUCCAGGAAGUGGAACUGGACGACGCACUGGUCAAGAUCUUCCGCAAGCAAGCAAUCUUCCUGCUAGAGGCUGGUCCAUACAGUGGUCUAGGAGAGUUGCUCUACAGAGAGAGUGUUCCCAUGCAUACCUUUGCCAAGUAUCUCUUCACCUCCCUACUACCUCACGACACUGAACUGGCGUACAAAAUUGCACUGAGAGCCAUGAGGUUACCGGUCCUGGAAUCCAUGGCUCCAUCAGGUGAUCUGUCCAGACCUCACCAUAUAGUGUCAAUGGUCCCCAACCGCUACCCUCGCUGGUUCACUCUGUCUCAUAUAGAGUCACAACAAUGUGAACUGGCCUCCACCAUGCUCACCGCAGCCAAAGGUGACGGGCGUAAGUUAGAAACAGUGUUAGAGUCCAUCCAGAAGAACAUCCACUCCUCGUCUCACAUCUUCAAACUGGCUCAGGACGCCUUCAAGAUCGCUACUCUGAUGGACAGUCUACCGGACAUCACACUGCUCAAGGUCUCACUGGAGCUGGGUCUUCAGGUGAUGAGAAUGACUCUGUCCACGUUGAACUGGAGGAGGAGAGAGAUGGUACGGUGGCUUGUCACCUGUGCCACAGAAGUUGGUGUGUAUGCGUUGGACAGCAUCAUGCAGAGUUGGUUCACCCUGUUCACCCCGACCGAGGCCACCAGCAUCGUGGCCACCACCGUCAUGUCCAACACCACCAUCGUCCGCCUGCACCUGGACUGUCACCAGCAGGAGAACCUGGCCUCCUCCGCCCGGACCCUGGCCCUGCAGUGUACCAUGAAGGACCCCCAGAACUGUGCCCUCUCCGCCCUCACGCUCUGCGAGAAGGACCACAUCGCCUUCGAGACGGCCUACCAGAUCGUCCUGGACGCGGCCGUCACGGGGAUGAGCUACACACAGCUGUUCACGAUAGCCAGGUAUAUGGAGCACAGAGGAUAUCCCAUGAGGGCGUACAAGCUGGCCACGCUAGCCAUGGCCCACCUUAACCUCAGCUACAACCAGGACACCCACCCGGCUAUCAACGACGUGCUGUGGGCCUGCGCUCUGAGCCACUCUCUGGGGAAGAACGAGCUGACUGCCGUCAUCCCCCUGGUGGUGAAGAGCGUGAAGUGCGCCACUGUGCUGUCAGACAUUUUGAGACGGUGCACGUUGACUACGCCGGGCAUGGUGGCGCUGCACAGCCGCAGGAACUCUGGGAAGCUGAUGUCGCUGGACAAGGCGCCGCUCAGGCAGCUGCUGGACGCCACUAUCGGGGCCUACAUCAACACCACGCACUCUCGCCUCACGCACAUCAGCCCGCGCCACUACAGCGAGUUCAUAGAGUUCCUUAGUAAGGCCAGAGAGACGUUCCUCAUGGCCCAGGACGGACACAUCCAGUUUACCCAGUUCAUAGACAACCUCAAACAGAUCUACAAGGGCAAGAAGAAACUCAUGAUGCUCGUACGGGAGAGGUUCGGUUGACGAAAGACGAAACGUUAAAAAAACUAUUGUGAUUGGUCGAUGAAUCUAUGGAGAUUGAGAGCGAUCACGGCCCCUUUUACUUGAUCCCGCCUUUGUAUCCUUUUGUAACUUAAAAAGUGACAGAAAAAAACGGAAAAACGGAAAGAAAAAACAGAAAACAAGAAAAAGGAAACGACUAAAAACAAACAAGAAAAGGCCACAUCGGUAUUAAUGUGUAUAUAGACCCUAUUUAGUUCACAAACAAACAAAAAAAUAACAUUUGUUGUGGAUGUGUGUGUGUGUGUGUCCCUUUAUAUGUAUGAAGGAGAGUGUGUGUGAGAGAGAGAGAGAGAGAG